AGGUACCGAUAAGGGAAGACACUGAUGACGUGGACCAAUGGGAAGCGUCCUGGAGUUCGGCUCACAACGGUUUGUGCAGGACACCCCGACAGAGUUCCCGUUCAUCAGUGGCCUGAGUACGGAGUGGUGAGAAGACCGCGGGUGUACUGGACACGACGCGACCUGACUGAGGCUGGGACCGACUGAACCGUGUUCUACUAGUGUUCGCUGGCAUCGUCAGACCAUUUCAACACAACAAGCAUGCUGCGGAAACUGAUGGUGCUCACUUUGGUGAUGUUCAUCGCCAUCCGCGGGGCGGCCGGCCAAUCUUGCUCGGCCGACAUCGUGUUCGUUGUCGACGAAUCUUCCAGCAUAUCGAGCUCUUGGUUCGACGUCGCCAAACAGUUCAUGAGCGACUUCCUCGACUGCUUCGUAAACAUUCAUGAUAUCUGGGUUGGAGUUAUUCCCUACCACUGCGUACCGCGGACGUACUUUUCUUUGAGUCAACCUUCAGACCCAUCUAUUUUCGACGGGUUGCUGAAGGCAGGAGGCCUGAGCCGAAUCGGUCUGGCUAUUCGCUACACGCAGGCUACGUCCCAUUUCCGUGACGGGGUCCCUCGUGCAGCGAUAAUCCUGACAGAUGGACAAAGCGAAGGUCCAACGAAGUUUAGGGAGCCUCCAGAUUAG